AUGCCUAACUACACGAACCGAGACCAUGUCCAAAUCGACUUUAUCAAAUCUCUGCUCUACAGAGCCCCGAACCUGAACUCGACUCAGUUAGUGCAACGAACGCAGACAGUCUAUGGCCCCUACGUAUCCCGCGCUGUGACGACCUGGCUUUUCGAACACAUGGGUCGCUUCACCCAGUCAUACGAAGACAUACAAUGGACCAAGAGCCAAAGAUAUCCAUCCGGUGACCAUGAAACAACUGUACAGGACGAGGCAGCAAGUGGGAGUGGUGAGGGAGGAGCUGGUCGUGAUGAAAAGUUAGAGGAGCCAAGCGCGCAGUCAACACAAGUGCUGGAGGAGGACAAUGAACAACUCAGUACCGGGGGAUUCAAGGUUAUUGCACCGUCAGUUAGAAGGACGUUGAGGAACACACCUUGGGGCUGGUAA